AUGAAAGGCAGAACAUUUGCCUUACUUGUGGAGAGAAAGGCCAUUUCUCAGCAGACUGUCCAAGGAACUGCCCCAGUACUAGUCAACCCACCCGCUCAACCACAAGGAGAGAGAGGCGACCAGGGAGUGGAAGCCGUAGAAUUUAAAGCCGGGAUGGAUGGUUAUGGGAAUGGAGAUUUGAGCAAGGAGGAUCAGAGGAGAUCAGUGGAAGAGGAGUCUGCAAGGGGACAACGUGAAGACAGAGUAAGAGGAGUCUGCAAGGGGACAACGUGA